AUGACGUUACGCCUGGAUGUGAGUUUACCAAACGGAACCACUGGAUUUGACGAGUACUCGGGUUUUUAUAUUUCUCCACCAGACCAGUACAACUUUAACGUUGAUAGGAGAAUCAACUCAAGUGGAAUGUCCUAUUAUUGGCUUCUGUCCAACACUGGCAAUAAUCUUGAUAUGAACCACCAGGCGUUUUCAGCAUAUGACAGGGACGUGGACAACCGGUAUUAUAACUGUGCAGGCAGAUAUGGAGGAGGCUGGUGGUUCAAUGGCUGCUUCCACACUAUCCUGAAUGAUGACUGUAGCGAUGUUUUAAAACUUGGCCUCUCGCGUGGUUCAGGAGUCUACAAAAUCACGCCCUGGAACAUGCACAGGGAAUUUGACGUAUACUGCGAUAUGGAUACCGAGGUUGGGGGAUGGACGAGAUCAACAAUCAACAGGUCGUCACUACAGGGUUCUGUGGUCGGAGGAUGCUACUACAAUGGAAAGUCGUACACUCAAGGCCAGACCUGGGACGACGGUUGUAUGUACGAAUGUACCUGUGACGAUGCAACUAUGGGCAAAUAUAGCUGCUACAACAAGUGUCCUAUUUACUACAAUAUGCCACCCCAGUGUACGCUGGUGAAGAAGAGCGGCGGCUGUUGUUUAGAGCCCGUCUGCCAGUUCAAGGGAACCCACCUCACAACCAACGGCCAGUCAACCGGAACAUACAAUGGAAUGGCUGUAUGUAUGUACAAAAGCAUUCCAUACUACCAGGGCCAGACAUGGCAGGACGGCUGUGACAAGACCUGCUACUGCCAGGACGCCGAGGUCGGACUGUACACCUGCCAGUCUGUCUGCGCCCACUACGACUCUGUGCCAUCGGAAUGCCACUUGGAGACACAGGCCGGCAAGUGCUGUGCGGAACCGGUUUGCACCUUCAACAAACAAUAUGGCCACUUCACUGGAACAGGAACGGUUUCCGGCAAGGGAACAGGGGCCCUUCAAGUGACAACGCCGUUGCCAUGUACCGAUAAGAUUCCUAACUGUGCGUCCUAUGGCCAGGCAACAUGCGCCGAUGCGAACUAUGUGGCCUGGGCACAUGAUCAGUGUACCCAUUACUGCGGAUUCUGUGAUGGAACUCCGACCCCGGGACCAAACGACGUGUGCAUAUACAACGGCGUGGCCUACUACCAAGGCCAGCGAUGGGACGACGGAUGUGAACUGGAAUGUGUAUGCGAUAACGCCGCCUAUGGAUUCUACAGAUGUCAGAAAAAGUGCGCGGAUGUCGUCAAUCUUCCCCUGGGAUGCUCGCUGGUGAAGAACACCGGCGACUGUUGCUCCACGAUCCAGUGCACGGGUAACACCGGCACGUUCACGAGCUCCCAGACCAUCACCGGAACCAUCGGUGGCAACCCGGCCCCGCAGCCAGGAGGCACGGCAACCGGAAACCCAGGAAGCAUGAUAACUGGAGCGCUCAGCGGUUGUCUGUACAAGGGAGCGUUGUACCAGGUUGGUCGUCGCUGGGACGACGGAUGCUCUUACACGUGUGUGUGCGCGGAUGGAUCUACCGGGCAGUAUAAAUGUUCACACAAAUAUGGAGGAUAUGGUCAGCCGGUGAUGCCCCAAGCCGGCACCCAGACUUCCGGUAUGAACACUACCCCCUCCCCAGGUAGCGGCGGCACAGGCACCGUCAUUACCGGAAGUGGUCGCGGAUGUGUGUACAAGAGUAACACGUACGGACAAGGCGCCACCUGGGACGAUGGCUGUCAGUAUCGAUGUGAGUGUCUUGACGCUACCGCCGGACAGUACAGGUGUACCGAAAGGUGCCCGGCGUACGUGAACCUGCCUCCCCAGUGCAGCCUACAGACGGAUCCACACGACCACUGCUGCAAGACAGUCCACUGUGACUACAAUAUGGUCGUCACCACGCCCGCCCCCAUCUUCGCCGUCACCACACCGCCCACUGGAGAUGCCCUGUGUCACUACAAGGGCCUGUAUUACCGACAGGGCGAGUCCUGGUAUGACGGAUGUGGACUCCAGUGCCGCUGUGAGGACGCCCUGAACCACUACUACCAGUGCACGGACAGGUGCCCCAAGUACACCAACGUGCCUUCCACGUGCACAUUCGUCGCCGACCCCAAGGACCCACAAUGUUGCCGGGUACCACAGUGUCAGAACGCCGGCGGAAAUGUAGGAACAACGGGAUUUGUUGGCGCCUUCACCGGAUAUGGCCACCCAACCAGCAUCAUAUCUGGGCAGAUCAGCCAUACCAGUUACAACAGCAAAUGUCUGUACAAGGGUCAGGUGUACGCCCAGGGCGCCACGUGGCAGGACGGCUGCGCC